GGCUCUAGCUGAUGCAGUGAUUGGGGGGGUGUAGCUGUACCGCCCCCUGUCGCGGCAGCUCUUCUGCCCCCUGCGCCCUGCCCACGCGCACGGCAGCCUGGAAAGCACAGAGAGGAGCAGGAGGAGGAACAGAGAAGAAGAAAUCUGGUCUCGAGGAGUCUCUAACUCAGUUACUAUCCUCAGCCCAAAAGGGAGCAUGAUGGCAUAUCUGAAACAAGCCCCUUACGGAAUGAACGGGCUGAGCCUGUCCACCACGGGCAUGGAGCUGCUCCAUCCCACCGUGGGAUACCCAGCGGUGCCCCGUAAGCAGAGGCGCGAGCGCACCACAUUCACUCGCGCGCAGCUGGACGUGCUGGAGGCAAUGUUCGCUAAAACGCGCUAUCCAGACAUCUUCAUGCGCGAGGAGGUGGCGAUGAAGAUCAACCUGCCGGAGUCCCGUGUGCAGGUUUGGUUUAAAAACCGCAGAGCGAAGUGCCGCCAGCAGCAGCAGCAGCAAACCCAACCCGGCACCCCAAACAAAAACCGGCCUGUGAAGAAAAAGUCUUCUCCGGUCCGAGAGACGAACUCUGAGGGUGCUGGGUCGUUCCCUCCCGCUUCCAGCGCCUCUUUACCCCCAGUUCCCAGCAGCACCGGAGCGCCGGCGUCCAUCUGGAGCCCGGCCUCCAUCUCUCCUCUCCCGGACCCCCUCUCCACCUCCUCGUCCUCGUGCAUGCAGCGCUCCUACCCUAUCACCUACACGCAGGCGUCCGGAUACGGGCAGAGCUACACGGCCACCUCCUCAUACUUCAGCGGCAUGGACUGCGGCUCGUACCUGACUCCGGUGCACCCGCCACUGAGCGGACACGCCUCCACCAUCAGCCCGCCUACUAGCUACGGGGCUCCGGGUCUGUCCUUCAGCGAGCCCUCCCCGUGCCCGGACUACAGCAAAGAGCAGAGCUGGAAGCUCGGCUUUACCGCGGAUUGCGUGGAUUACAAGGAGCACACGCCGUCAUGGAAGUUCCAGGUUUUGUAAUGUACAAUUCUGAACUACCUUGACCGCAUUGUAGGAGGUAUCGUGUGCGUGCCUGCUAAUGACUGGAAAACCAAUGCAAUGGAAAACCCAGGCGAUUUCUUUUGUAUUUUGUCAAAUUCUGUUGAUUUUUACUGAGCAACUGAUGGACAGACACGUGGAGGGUGGACGAACAGAACCAACAGCGCGUUUCUUUAAUCUCUUGAAAAGUUCUUGCCUGGCAAGUUGAAGGAAGGUGUUUUUGUGUUUCCACCCCUCCUGUUUGCGUCAGGCCCCGCCUCUCACGCUACUAGUGGCUUGGAGCAUCCCGUACAGGGUCGGCUUUACACUGUCAAAUACUCUCAGCAAAGUGUUUAACACACCCACAACCAGUCUGAAUAUUGGACAGUGUUUAUCAUGUCUCUUGCUAAUCCAAGCAUUGGAUAAAGGUUAGCGUGCGUUUAGCUAAUCUAAGAAUUGCAGUUAACACAAACCUAGACUAUUGGGGAGUGAUUAAUAUAAUCCUAUUUAAACCCAGCAUUGGUUUUGGUUAACACACUCCUGGAUAAUUCAAACACAUUUAUUAACAUGCCCCAUUGCUAAUCUAAAUGUUGGGUUGUGGUUGGCAUGUCACAAACCAAUCUUAGUAGUCUCCAAGCCCCUAUAGUUUAUCUUACCGUUGGGUAGGCUACUGGUUAACAUAGCUGACAUCAAUCUAAUCCCGGCAUUGGAUGGUGUUUUACGUGCUCUAUCUAAUUUCAUCAUUGGUUAAUCUGGUCCUAGAUUAUCUCAAUUUGGCUAGUGAUUGACACGCCCUAGCUAAUUGGUAGUGGUUGACCAGACAGUAGCCAGCACCGGAGAGCGGGGCCUGUUUGAAGACAGGACACUGGAAAAUGAAGUGCCAGUAUUAAAUGCACUAUUCUAUUUAUGACAACUGUUUAAGGGGGUUUGCAGUUUUUUGACUUAAGAGACAAUCAAUGUACAUGCAUUAUUUCUGUAUAAAUGUUUUAAGACUCGAAUCAGUAUAUCUUUUUUUCUAACUGUGAUUUGUUGUAGACUGUUCUCCUCACUUGUAAUUUUCAUAGUUUUUGUUAUUGACGAGGGUAAGUUAUUUUUUUAUUUGUGAAUUCAAUUCUCGCCAAUGUUAGACAUAUAUUAAAAUAUCCCCAGUUUGAUAAAAAACUGUUUCCUCGCGACUGUUGCUCAAUUUGGAGUUAAUAAUAUUUGAUGUAUUAAGCUUUUUAUUAAGCUAUUUUUUUAAUCGUUUUACAAGCAACCUAGUACCACCCAGCUUUUGGAAAUUUACUGAACUCCGUUUAGAGUUUCUGACAUAUUUGCAAAAGCUUAAUUUAAUUUCAGUUUAAUCAAAAGGCUUAAAUAAUGUGGACAGAAGUUAAUAUCAGGUACGACUGCUGAAAUGUUUAAGAUAGGACACUUCUAAUUAAUGAGCAGGCAAUUAUUCUUGCUGCUAUGGAAUCCUGGGUCUUCAUUUUAUCAUCUACAAUAAUGAAUGGGAAUACUUUGCCUCACCUGGAAAUAGUGGAAAACACUGACAACUGGGAGAUACCAUUUAGACAUACCUGUUUGUUGGGGUGACAGAUUGAUUCUAAAAUGUUUUAAGAAAGAUGUCUGGAACUAGGCUGUAAUCCACAAGGGCCUUCCCAAGAUACUCGUUACGUGGAGUGGGAGCUCUGGGAAUGCUGUAUGAGAAAGCAAAGUUAAUCCAACCUCAAAGAGAAGACAGGAAUUUCUCCCAGUCCAGCUCACACUGCACCACCGGGGCUCUUCUGAGUUCGUUUAUGGCAAUUUAUAACACAAGAGGUCACGCCUUAGAAACACUGUAAUAUUUAAAAGACCUU